AUGAGCGAGUUUGAAUCGCUCCCUGUCGAGCUCAUCGCUGAAAUUUUGGGCGAACUGGACCUGGAGUCGCUCAUAACGGUGUCAUAUCUGUCCCGCCGACUGCACAGCAUUGCUUCAGACUCCUCGCUGAACCCCUGGCGGCGUCCCAUCCUGCGCAACCUCUUGCAGCAUCCAGACGUGCCCUAUGAAUCAUGUCUGACGCACCUCAGCGUUCGUUCCACUGUUCCUCGCCAGAACUGGAUCGAGAUCAUGAGCUUGGGUAGGGCAGAAUGGCUGUUGCUCGAAGCCACCCCGCCCCACCUGAAAGAGGCCGAAUGGGAGGAAUGCUUCAAGCGAAGAUUCAUUCCAGGGUGGCAAAAGUGGAAGAAGGACGAAGCAACCUGGAGGUCCACGUUUCGCAGUGUUUUGUACCGUGUUUUGCAUAGGUCCAACACGUCAUGUACUUCUGACGAGUCGUGGACAAGGCAAGUGCUGUAUGUCCUCAUCAGACGCGGCGGAGUGGCGAACGAGCUCGAAGCAUCCUCGAGAAAUUAUGACCCUAUAGCCAUAUUUGACGAGCUGAAAAUGCAGAGCAAUUUAGACCAUCUGGAAACUCGUAUCAGGCUCGUCGUUGAGCUCGCCGAUGUCCGCGUCAUUGCGUUUGGGGUCCUUAACAAACCUCGCGGCGCGACGACGGUGAACACUACCGCGCGAAUGCUCUUGCAUCCGCCGGGAAUUGAGAGAGAUAACGCCGACGGCUCGUCGAGUGGGGCCAUCGCUCCAGAAGCAACUUCUGCAAAAGAUGAGCACAAGACAGCGCGGAUGCUGUUCGGUACGUGCGAGCAUCGCCCUCAGCAUGAAUUUUUACAGAUCUAUCGGCAGAUGACUUACCCUCUCCCAGCACUGUCACAUGCGAACUAUCCAUUCUACACCCCAAGUGGCGAGGACAAGCGAUGGAUAGGAACUACUGACCUUGAAGAGGAAGGCAUGCAGUGGGUGGGAGGCCUAAUGCUAACGGCUCAGCUUAUCGGGCCACGUACCAAGGACCAUUUCACUGAAGGUCCCCCCUUCCAAGACUGGGACCUCGUCCAGGGAAGUAACCGUGCACACUACGCGUCCUUCACUCUGGCCGAUCUGGCCGCUAUCGCGCCGUGGCUGGAUAUCCCGAAGCAGAUAAGCGGACCAGGUUUGGGCAACGACUGA